AUGUGGGUCCUGGGUCCUACCAGGUUCCCCUCCUGAAAGAGCAGGUGACAGUGUAAUAUAAAGGGAGGCCAUAGUCUACAAAACCGGGAAGAACGUUUUAAGAAGUUUAUUUCAAGUAAUCCAGGACCUGCAAGCUAUGAUCAGUCUUAUCCUAAAGCACUAGAUAUGAACAGAAAAGUGCUGGAGUCCAAAGAACAUCUUAAAUCAAAAAUUUCAAGAGCACUUACUAGAAGUAUUAUUCCUUCAAUUCCUUCCUGUGUGAAGUCAUGGGGUUAUCUUAUUAAAGAGGAUGACAGCCUUAUAAAAUGUUUUGCACCUGCUGGUGACAGUACGCUAGGUCCAGCCUAUUACAAACCUCAAUUUGGUGUUUCCAAUGCAACUUUGAAAUACAAAGGUAUACAUUUUGGCAACUCUUCAGGAAGAAGGGAGCUACCUAAAAAGUCAAGUCCUGGUCCUGGACAGUAUGAUAUCAUCCAGAAAAAGACAUUACAUUAUGAAAAUAUUAACAUCAAGAAAGAUGAACAGCAAAAUUACUGCACAUUCCUCCCACGAUUAUAUGAUGUGAUAGUAUUGCAGGAGAAAAAAAGGGGAGUACCAGGGCCUGGAAAAUAUGACAUUAAAAGCCAAUUUCAAGAGAAAAAAUGUAUGACACGAAUUGUAAAUGAUCCACCUUCUGCUUUUCUUUCUCAAUCCCAGAGAUUCUUACCUAUAAAAUCAAUCACCCCAGCUCCGGGCACAUAUAAUGAACCUCGAACUGCGCCCAUGUCCUUGAAGACAACAUUAAGACAGAAAAAUAUCCCAUUUGGUCAAAGUACUGCUCGAUUCACAGAGGACUACAGGACAGCAAAAAUGCCAGGUCCUGCUUUUUAUAAUAUCCUGAAUAAUACUAUAAUUGCCAAAGUUGGAAAUAUCUGCUUGAAGAAAAAAAGUACAAGUGCAUUUGGUUCUUCUCUUCCUCGUACUUUCUUUCUGGUUAAGAAAAAACCUUCUACUCCUGGGCCUGCUGAUUAUCAGACCAGUGGAAUUUCUGAUGAAUUGCCUAACUUGACUAAUAAGUUUGCUGUUUUCCUGUCAAGAGCUGAAAGAACUACUAGAAUGCCAGAUAAGGGUGUUCCACCACCAGGCCGCUACGAUGUGCAAAAAUCAUAUGAGAUGUCCCAAGUUAAACAUAAAUACAUGCCACCUCGUAGUUUAGUAGCCAAAAGGAAACAUACCUCUUUUCUUAGUGCGGCACCUCGAUGCCUGGGAAAAUUGCCUGAUGGGCCAGGGCCUGCAUCAUACAAUCCCGUUUUAAGGAACUCUUGCCCCAUGCCCUUAUGUGUUAAUACAUCAAAGCGCUUUGAAGUUUCCAAAGAGAUUACUCCUGGCCCAACAACAUAUGAGCUCAGUCCCUUUUUAAGACAUUCUGUUCUGAAGAAAACAUUCAAUGUAACUCUACCAAAUUCAUUCCUGACUGAGGGCAAUUAUUCCUACAAAAAGCCAAACAAAAAUAUCAGGAAGGCAAGAAAAAAUCUUCCAAAUGUGAUUAAAGUCACAGUGUCCUCAAACUACAGCCCGCGGGCCACAUGUGGCCCACCGAAGACAUUUAUCCAGCCCGCCAGGUGUUAUUGCCACUGCUGCCUGUCCUGCUUAGCAGCCAACUCAUCCCAGGGCCUGCAGUCUGGCCCUCCAAUGGUCUGA